CUUGGACGUUUACUAGUGAAAGACAAACACAUUUGAAUUCACAGCAGAAGAGAUGCUCGGGCGUCUAUCAUCGUCAACAGCACUGAAGUCAAUCAAGCUAGCAUAGCUCAGGCUAAUGUCAGGUUUUGGGAUAAAUGACAGUUGGAAAUGGAGAGCAAGAGCACCGCCCGAGUACCAUUAGACCUGUUGGCAGGUUUUUGCGUCAAAACUUGUGGGCUGCGUUGACGGCCCUCGUCACCACGGUGACGUGUCCGUCCAGGAUAAACAACAACAACAAAGUGACUCGUACCUUCUGCAAAGAGCUGGCUGUGCCUGGCUCGCUCGGCCUCGUCCGGUUCGGGUCCCGCUCGCCUGCUGGCCGCCUGCACGAGCCCAACAAGUCGAGAAAAGUUGGACGGCGACGUCGACGGCGGGCGAACGACUCACCUGCGCGCCGUUGUCGCUCUCGGACUCGUGGACGAGGGACGACUUGACAUCGUCCAGGUCCCGCUCGGCGUCCCCGCUUCUCUUGUGCUCGUCCUCAUCCUUGAAGCGGAUGAGCUCGUCGCUGGCGCCCAGGUCGCCGUCGUCGCUCAGCUGCGGCAUGCUAGCAAGCGAGUUUAGCCGCGGAGGGGAGGGAUGGAGCGGACGUUCACCUGGCCGCCCCGCCACCCGGACGAGCUUCUUCUCAGCCCCGGGGCGAGGGCGACCGCAUCUGCCGCUCGAACGAAUCGCCAAACGGCCGCAAAAAAUGCGUGGCCAACAGUUAAGAGAGCUGCUAGCCGUUAGCUAGCUUCCUGCCUGGCUGGCUGUCUGCGGCGUUCACGGUCGGUCGACGCCGUGGAAUUUCCCGCGUCGCCGAAUAAGUUACGCCGUGUACAAAUCCACUUGAACCGUCGAUGAAGGCGCACUGCGUCCGUCCGACGUCGGUGUCGCGACGCAGCUGAGUGCAAAGUUCCGCGAGCGCUUCAAGUUCUCCCAAGGAAGAAAAGUGCUACUUUCCUACAUCCUUCACGCCGUGUGAAGCUCUCGCGGCGUACCCGCUAGCGCCUGAAAGCCAUUAAAAAAAAUGAACGGCCUGGCGUGUACUGACCCGGGAUCAGCCUCCUUUGUACUUCCUCUUCUCUGCGUACGGCUGCCGCUGGCGGUCGGGUCUGACCUGAGGUCAGUAACAACAAAGUUUGAACGAGCAGCACGAAAAAAGACCUUUCCACUCGCAAAUGAGUAGUUUUUUUUUUUUUAUAUAUAUAUAUAUAAAUAUCCCCAAAUGAACUGAAGUGACCUGUCUCAACAGGAAAAGACUUCGAAAUGCCCCAAAAUCAUGUGAAAAUCCUCAUGCAAUUUCUCUGGAAAGGACAUUUUCCAUUUGUCCAUGAUAAUUACGGUUCACUAUUUGAUAUUUUAUUUGUAUGAUUACUCUUCGUAAUAUUUCACUUUAGCUUUCCAAUUUUCCGCAACCCGGUUGACUUCUCUUCUCACCUCAAUGGGGGGGCUAGCGGGCAGCAAACUAGCCAGUUGCUUUGGGCCCCAGCCAAUAAAGGGGCCCCAGAGUGCUGCCAAUACAUACUCCACAAAAACGACAAAAAUCGGCCAUUUAAAAUGACACCGCAGUGGCAAACCCCCCUUGGGGGACUCCAUCCCAUCUGCUGCAGCAACCUGCGCUUGAUGCAUAUUUCUUGAGAAGUGAAACUUGCAUUGCUUUAUGAGUUUAUUCUAUUGAUUGUUUUCCCAUUAAAUGUUUUCAAUAUGUAGUCUGACAACUCUUUUUUCAAUGCUGCCUUAUACAUUGUUUACUUAUUGAUUGUGCAUUUAUGUGUGCAAAAAAAAGCAAAUUUUUGUGGCGCGCACGGGUGUGGUGAGGCCAAAGGAAUUUCUUGCUUGGAGCCUGGAGAAAAGUUUCUCUUGAUGUUCCACACUUCCUGGAAAAAGUGGGCCGUGUAGUGCACGUUGCACCCAUCAAAUAAUCAUUUGAUAGUGAGGGCCUGCAAUCAACUCAUUCGCUACCGUUGAAUACUCACAGUACGUAAGGGGAAGUGUGUUCGCAGGAAGCUGAUACGCUCCGCCAAGAGAGAAUGCGGCCCGGCGGGUUCUCCCCAAACCGGUCCGACUCCGCCCGCGGGACUGGCGAUUCCGCGGCGGCCGAGAGGUAAGAAAGCUAGAGAGGCCUUGGUCGGUUGACUCUGAAGGCAUGGCGGUCAACAUGAGCAAAAACGGCACUGAGCUGAUGGCAGCCUACCGAGACGUUGUCGACGCGCGCUCCGAUAUCAACUGGCUUUUGUUGACCUACGAGGGUAACAGCAACGCCAUCCGCUUAGCGGGAAAAGGAGGCGGUGGUCUGGAGGAGAUGGUGGACGAGCUGAACAGCGGCAAGGUCAUGUACGCCUUCUGUCGAGUGCGACACCCCGACUCGGGUCUGCCCAAAUAUGUGCUGGUCAAUUGGACGGGUGAAGGCGUGAAGGACACGCGCAAAGGCAUGUGCGCCAACCAUCUGAGCACCAUCGCCAACUUCCUGAAGGGGGCCCACGUGACCAUCAACGCUCGCGACGAAGACGACGUAGACCCAGAGCUCAUCCUGUCCAAAGUGUCCAAAGCGUCAGGGGCCGACUAUGACUUCCGGCGGGGCGCUGCCCCCCAGCCUGGGGACAUCCCGCGAGGGGUAGUGGGGUCGGUUUAUCGCAAAACAAACGCUCGGGAGGAAAUUCAGCAAAUCGAUAAAGAUUCGUUCUGGAGCCAAACGCAGAGGGAGGAGGAAGUGCGGCGUAAGGAGGAGGUAAAGAAGGCGGAGCUCCAGAGGCGAGCGUUGGAGGAGGAGCGGCGCAACCUGGAGGAGAAACACGCCAAGGAAAGAGAGCAGAAAAUACAACAGAGAAACAGCGCCAUCGACCACAACAGACUUCUGCAGAAGCAGAGAGACAAAGAAGAGCGAGAAAUAGAGGAGCGACGACAGAACCUGGCACGAGACGACGACAGAACCGCGGCUGUCUCGACGCCCACGUCAGUACGAGUCGCCAACGAAGCCAAGGCCUUGAUUUCUCAGCGAGCCUUCGACCCUCGCGAUGUCUUUCAGCCCCACAAGUCCAUUUUUGACGGUGGCGACGGAGGCUCCGCCCCAGCAGUGGGGAAGCUGCGAAGCCCCUUUCUGUCCCAGCAAGCUUUCGACAGCCCCUUCCCUCCGCUGGACCGCCCGCGAUUCGAGACUCCACCCUCCCGGGAAGACCUCCGGCCUGUCGACUUUCCCGUUGGCUCCAGGUCUCCGCCCUCCCUGUCGCCUCACAUAGGCGCACCAGCCGAAGACUUCGCCUCGCGGGCCGACGACUUCGCCUCGCGAGCCGACGACUUCGCCUCGCGGGCCGACGACUUCGCCUCGCGGGCCGACGACUUCGCCUCGCGGCCCGACGACUUCGCCUCGCGGCCCGACAACUUCGCCUCUUCCGCUUUCUCUUCCGUGUCACCCGCCGGAGCGGCCCGGGAUGCGGCAGAGGACGACGACUGGUCGGACGAGUAUGACGAAGAGCUGUACCAGGUGCCCGGCCGCGAGCACCUCAAGUCGCUGACGGAAUCAAUGUUCCCCACGCCUGUCGAGGAGAACCAAUAUGCAGUACCGCGACCCGUGGACGCCGAACUCUACAAGGACGUAGGGCAGGACGCUCGUGCGGCCCAAGGAGACGAGGAGGAGGUGGAAUCCCUACAAAACCUGUCCGCCAGAGCUGUGUAUGACUACCAGGCCGCUGACGACACGGAGAUCACCUUCGACCCAGAUGACAUCAUCACAUGCAUUGAGAUGGUGGACGAGGGCUGGUGGCGAGGUUACGGCCCAGACGGCCGUUAUGGCAUGUUUCCCGCCAAUUACGUCGAACUCUUGUAAACUUUGUCUUAGGUGCCGAGUUACUAAAAUAAACAAAAGGAAAAGCGUGUCCAAACGCCAGCAAAAGAAAACCGCAAGGACGAAAAUCGUCGGGAGUCAGGGAGUCGCGGACCCGAGCCUAGCGUAGCAACGAAGAGGCGUGAUGCAAAAAUGUUAAGCCCCUUUCAGACUUACAGUCAUGUGAAAAAAUGAGUACACCCCAAUAAAUAUUCAGUUCUUUAUCAAGAAAUGUUCACAUAUCAAUGUCUGAUCUUGUUUUUCUUUAUCUCUGGUAAAGAAUGUGAUUUAAUUGCAAGAAAAUAACAAAAAUUUACAUGUUUUACUCAUUAAACCAAAUUUAUCAACAAAAAUGCAUAUUCUAACUAAGGAAAAAGUUAGGACACCCUAUCACCUAAUAGCUAGUUUUACCCCCUUUGGCUAAAAUAACUUCAGUGACAUGCUUUUUUGUAGCCAUCGACCAGUCUUUGACAUCGGUCUGAAGAAUGUUUGCCCCUCUCCGUAACGCAGAAUACUUUCAACAGUGACUGAUUGUUGAAGUGAGGGAAACAAUGGUGAGAUCAAAGGAGCUGUUUGAAGCAAUUCAGAAAGAAGAUUGUAUCGACUUAUGAGUCUGGCAAGAGUGAAAAAUAAGUAUUUGGUCACCUACAAACAAGCAAGAUUUCUGGCUGUCAAAGAGGUCUAACUUCUUCUAACGAGGUCUAACGAGGUCUAAAGAUGUUCCACUCGUUAACUGUAUGAAUGGAACCUGUUUUAACUCAUUAUCAGUAUAAAAGACACCUGUCCACAAACUCAGUCAGUCACACGCCACAAUCCACUAUGGCCAAGACCAAAGAGCUGUCGAAGCACACCAGAGACAAAAUUGUAGACCUGCACCAGGCUGGGAAGACUGAAUCUGCAAUAAGUAAAACGCUUGGUGUUAAGAAAUCAACUGUGGGAGCAAUUAUUAGAAAAUGGAAGACAUACAAGACCUGAUAAUCUCCCUCGAUCUGGGGCUCCAUGCAAGAUCUCACCCCAUGGCGUCAAAAUGAUAACAAGAACAGUGAGCAAAAAUCCCCGAACCACAUGGGGGGGGGCUAGUGAAUGACCUACAGAGAGCUGGGACCACAGUAACAAAGGCUACUAUCAACAACACAAUGCGCCGCCAGGGACUCAAAUCCUGCACUGCCAGACGUGUCCCCCUGCUGAAGCCAGUACACGUCGAGGCCCGUCUGCGGUAUGUUAGAGAGCAUUUGGAUGCUCAUCAAGAGGACUGGGAGAAUGUGUUAUGGUCAGAUGAAACCAAAAUAGAACUUUUUGGUAGAAACAGAGGUUCUUGUGUUUGGAGGAAAAAGAAUACUGAAUGCAUCCGAAGGACACCAUACCCACUGUGAAGCAUGGGGGUGGAAACAUCAUGCUUUGGGGCUGUUUUUCUGCAAAGGGACCAGGACGACUGAUCUGUGUAAAGGAAAGAAUAAAUGGGGCCAUGUAUCGAGAGAUUUUGAGUGAAAAUCUCCUUCCAUCAGCAAGGGCAUUGAAGAUAAGACGUGGCUGGGUCUUUCAGCAUGACCAUGAUCCCAAACACACAGCCAGGGCAGCAAAGGAGUGGCUUCGUUAGAAGCAUUUCAGGGUCCUGGAGUGGCCUAGCCAGUCUCCAGAUCUCAACCCCAUAGAAAAUCUGUGGAGGGAGUUGAAAGUCCCUGUUGCCCAACGACAGCUCCAAAACAUCACUGCUAUAGAGGAGAUCUGCAUGGAGGAAUGGGCCAAAAUACCAGCAACAGUGUGUGAAAAGCUUGUGAAGAGUUACAGAAAACGUUUGGCCUCCGUUAUUGCCAACAAAGGGUACAUAACAAAGUAUUGAGAUGAACUUUUGGUAUUGACCAAAUACUUAUUUUCCACCAUGACUUGCAAAUAAAUUCUUUAAAAAUCAAACAAUGUGAUGUUUUGAGUUUUUUUUUCCACAUUCUGUCUCUCAUGGUUGUAUUUUACCCAUGUUGACAAUUACAGGCCUCUCUAAUAUUUUCAAGUGGGAGAACUUACAAUUAGUGGUUGACUAAACACUUAUUUGCCCCACUGUAUAUGCAUUAGGGAGGUGCCUGUUUAGGUUUUAGGUCGCUAGCGGUUUUGGUUUUGAAAAUAUUUGAAUUUUAAGUUUUUGAAAAUAUACCCCUAUGCGGAUAGGCCCCGAGCCCCGUUAACUGAUAAUAAAGUCUAUGGAACAUAUGGCAAAAGUGGCGACGUCUUAGCGUUAGCGGCGUACAUAUGGUCAUUCCUCUGUCAAGACAAUUUAUAAAAGAAGCCAAAUGCUCUUUCUCUCCAAGAAAAUCACACCAUCCCCAAAAUAUUUCUUUGGAGUGCAGGAUAUUAGAAUAUUUUCUUUUUUUCCAUGAGGGAGGUGCUGGCCGCCGUCGUCAUCUCUGUGUAGUGGAAAGAAAUA